AUGUCGCACAGUUUAAUGACCGACGCUGACCAUAUCCGAAAUUGUAUUGCAUCUUAUGCCAAGUGCCUCGACUUCAAGGACUUUGACGGUCUGGCUCGAGUCUUCACCCCCGAUGCAGUCAGCGUUUAUCCACCACCACUCCAAACUUAUCGGGGGGUGGGCGAGCUACAAGAGGGAAUGGAAAGGCUACUAAGGAGUUUCAAAUCUCAACAUAACAUAACAACUCAAACGAUUGAGAUUACAAGCCCCAAUACAGCCUAUGCCGAAAGUUACGUGUGGGCUGGGCACUGGCGACAAGACAUAAAGGAGGACAAUUAUGUGUACAUGAUGGGGUGCUAUCAAGACAAAUUGCUCAAAACAAAUUCAGUGGACGGGAAAAGUUGGAAAAUUCAAGGCCGUAAUGUCAUUCCUUUGGGGGUGCCCCUUGGAAAUGUAGGACUUUUGGGACUAUAG